CUAUAUGGGUUACAAUCCGUUAAUUAGGCCCUCCCACUAAGCCAGCUUCAACGACUUUUUCCCUCGUAAUCAAUUUAGACCCACCUUUCAAGGAAAUACUCAUGGCAUCCGAUUUGGGAAAUUUGAAAAAUUAUCUGUCAAGAACUGGUUUCAAGCCAUUACAACUGUGAAACAGCGAUCUUUUAAUGCCAUUCCAUCACAAUCCAUUUCAGAUCAUUCAAGUUCUCUUAUUCAUUGAGAUCCCAUUAAUCCAAAAAUCAUUCCAUAUCAAUCAAUUCACCAUGGCCGAUCUGCAAAUUGUUCAUGAUUCCAUGAAAGAAGAUGAAAAAUCCUCUUCUGGUUAUAGUCAUGGCGGCUCUGUUCUUGUUCAGAUCAUACAAGCCCAGAAAGAAUUGAAGGCCAUAGAUGAAUGUCUUGAGACUCUGAGAAAAAAUCAUGAAGAAAGCAAGAACAGAGUCAAAGAAGGCUCAAUAACAGACAGGGCAAAAGCAAUGAUCAGCAUGAUCUUAGAGAAGGUGAGAUCUAUUCAAAAUUUGUUGGAUGAUCUUAACAGAGAUCAAACAGGGACUGUAAGAAUGGUAGUGAAUGGUAUAAGAAAAUCCCUGAAAGAUAGAUUAGAUCUUUUAAAUCAUCUUAGGCAAAAUAUCAGAGAUGAUUACAGAGAAGAAGUUGAGAGAUAUUGUUUUAUUGUUUCUGGUCAAUACCCAUCGGCACAGGUAGUGGAUGAGAUGAUGCAGAGUGCAGAGGGCCACAGUUUUCAGAUUGUUCACCAAGCUUUGGGUAUCAGUCAUGGAGAAGAUGCCCUAAUUAGGGUUCGUUCCAUGGAAGACAAGUAUAAAGAAAUUAAAGGGAUUGAAGCAGAUCUAAAGGAGUUGCAGCAGAUUUUCAUGGAUCUGUCAGUAUUGGUUUGGGAUCAGGGGGAGGGAUUGGAUGAGAUUGAGAAGAACAUGGUGUUUAGUGCUACUGCAAUGGAGGAUGGGGUUGCACACUUGAGUUCUGCUGCUACUGCAAAUGUAAGUUCACACAAGUGGAUUUGGAUUGGGGUCUGUUGUUUGUUGUUGGUAUUGCUUCUUGUAUUGGUCAUUUUAGUUGUCUUAUACUUCACCCAAAAGUCCAUGAUGUAUGCCAUAUUUGAUUGUUUUUCUGUUAUGAAACAGUUUUCUAUGUAAUUUGUAGUUUACAUUUAGGGGUUGGAGAAGUAAAAACUGUCCUAGGUUUGGAGGACCAUUUGUCAUAAGCAUCAUUAUAUUUCUUGGGAUUAACUAAAUGUAAUAAGAUGUAUAAAAUUUAACUUGAA